AUGUGCCCGUCGCCGGAGUACAUGUUCUCCCCGUACCCGGAGCAGGAGUACGUCGGCGUCCCCCUGGAGCCGCCGGGGCCGGCGCGGCCGCGGAGCGCGCAGGCCAGCCCGGGGCCGUUCGGGCCGUACUUCGUGGCGCCCCCGCUGCAGGCCCCCAUGGCCAUGGCGCCCGGCGGCGGCGUGGCCGGCCCGACCCACCCGCACCACUCGUACAUCCUGGAGCCGCCGCUCGACGGCGAGCAGGGCCCGUCCACGGCGGACAUCAUCGCGGCGCAGGGCCAGGACUACGUGGACGAGAAGCUGGCCGAGUACCAGGCCACCAUCCAGCUGCUGCAAGAGUUAGUUUAUUUCCUGUUGAUUGUUGUUUGUGCCUUUAUCUAUAGGACGGCGCCGCGGCGCACGGGCGUCGCGCCCAGCCUGGUGCUGUCCUCGCCGGACGAACCCGCGUCGCUGGAGGAGACCUUCGAGCACGUGGACGAGGAGGGCGACCUGGCGUCCGGCGCGCGCAUCGUGACGGUGGAGCGCGUCAGCCUGCGCAAGAGCGUCCGGGAGGUGACGCUGAGCCGCACCCCGUCCGACGACCCCCUGGUGGACGACUCCGCCUACCAGUCCAGGACCACCUUCGGGGCCAGGCACGCCGCCGAGCCCUCCGGCCUGCUGUCGCCCACCUCCGUCACCACCUCCAUCACCACCACCACGAGAAGCCUGUCCUCGUCGCAGACCUCGCUGAGCGGCGCGUUCCCGUCCGAAGAGAACCUGGCCUCGCUGGCCAGGACGCCGUCGAGGGAGCGGCUCGGCGAGUCCGAGUGGUACACCGAGCUGCACCACACCGAGGCGUCGCGGCGCCACGAGCUGGUGCGCCGCGCGUCGCAGUACGACCGGCACAUCCAGCACAUCCGAGACGAGCAAGAGCGCGUGCAGAAGAAGACGUUCGUCAACUGGAUCAACUCGUACCUAUCCAAGCGAGUUCCACCGCUUCGGGUAGACGACCUGAUCGGAGACCUUCGUGAUGGCACCAAACUGCUCGCGCUGCUGGAGGUGCUGUCGGGGGAGAAACUGCCCGUCGAGAAGGGGAGGAAUCUGCGGAGGCCGCACUUCCUGAGCAACGCCAACACAGCCUUGCAGUUCCUCCAGAGCAAAAAGAUCAAGCUCGUCAACAUCAACUCCGCCGAUUUGGUGGACGGGCGACCGCCCGUCGUGUUGGGACUGAUUUGGACCAUCAUCCUGUACUUCCAGAUCGAGGAGAACACGCGCGCGCUGGAGUCGCUGGGCCACCGUUUCGGCGGCUCUGGCUCCAGCCUGGACAGCGAUGCGGAGGGGCUGCGGCGCCGGCGCACGGAGCUGGGCGGCUCGUCGACGCCGCUGCCGCAGGCGCAGCAGCAGCAGGACAAGUGGCGGCAGGGCGCACGGCGCGCGCUGCUGCACUGGGUCAACGACGCCCUGCCCGCCGAGAUGGGCGUCGAGGUGCAGGACUUCGGCAAGUCGUGGCGCGACGGCCACGCCUUCGUCGCGCUGGUGCACGCCAUCCGCAACGACCUGCUGGACGUGGAGGGCCUCCGGCAGGCCGCCAACCGCGUGCGCCUCGAGUCGGCCUUCGGCGCCGCGGAGCGCGACCUGGGCAUCGCCCGCCUGCUCGACCCGGAGGACGUCGACGUGGACAGGCCCGACGAGAAGUCCGUGAUGACGUACGUGGCGCAGUUCCUGCACCGCUACCCGGAGCCCCGCGGCGCCGAGGAGACGGUGCCCACCAUCCAGGGCGAGUUCCAGAAGCUGUCGGCCUGGCUGUCGGAGACCACGGCGCGGCUGCAGCGCCUCAUCGACACCAGCAGCCUGCCCACGGACUACUCGGAGUACCUCGCCUUCCGCGAGGAGCUGCUGAUCCACGCCGCGUCGUAUGAGAAGCUGAGCAAGAUGAUGGCGUCGCAGAGCACCGCCCCCGUCAACAUGGACGCCUGGCAGAGGGUGGAGGACCUGUGGGACACGCUGGAGAAGCAGGUGCAGCAGUGGCUGUGGCUGCUGGACUCGCGGCUGCCGCCGCCGCUGGGCGAGGUGGGGCAGUGGCUGGCGCGGGCCGAGCGCCUGCUCACGUCCGACGCCACCGACAUCCCCACCGUCAUGAACGAGGAGACGGCGUCCGUCAUCAGCCGCAAGCUGGAGGAGCACAAGGCGUUCUUCGCAGAGCUGCCCGCGGUGCAGGCCAAGUUCCAGGCCGCGCGCUUCGGGCCCGCCGCGCACGGAGUGCCACCCCAGCAGCUGGACAACAUCGCGCACCGCCUGGAGGAGGUGGGGCCGCGCGCCGCGCAGCGCCGCGUCAAGCUCAAGUUCCUCGAGCACAAGUGCUGCCUCAUCGCGUUCCUCAACCUGACCGAGACCAAGCUGCGCGGCUGGACCGUCAAGUACGGGCGCGAGGACCACGUGCAGUCCCUGCUGGAGCAGUACGCCAACUUCGUGUCGCGCAACCGCAUCUUCCAGGAGUUCAACAAGGCCUUCAUCGACAUGCAACAGGUGGUGGAGGAGUACAAGCGCGAAGGGGGCGUAGACAAGCGCGAGGGCGCGGCCAUCGACCGCUUCAUGCGCGAGACGGCCUCUAGGUGGGAGCAGGUGUCGCGCGAGCUGCGCUGCGUGCAGAACAUGCUGGAGGAGGUGGUGGCGUACUGGCGGCGCCACGCCGCGCUCACGCAGGAGCUGGAGGACUGGCUGCAGCGCGCGGGCCGCGCCGUGCAGAGCAUGUCGCCGGCCGAGCAGCAGGACUUCUUCCAGGACCUGAGCGUGUGGAAGGACAAGCACGCCCUGCUCGUGGACACGGUGGGCUUCCUGACGGCCUGCGACGACAACGUGUCCCGGUCUCUCCGCGACGCGCUGGCCGACCUGACGGCACGCUGGGAGGGCGUGUUCGCGCACGUGCAGCAGUACAUGCACGCCGGCGACCUGCUCCGCCUGCGCCGCGAGUUCCACGACGGCAUGGAGCGGCUGCAGCGCUGGCUGCGCGGCGCCGAGACGGUGCUGGCCAACCUGCACCUGGAGCUGGGCUCGGCCGACCGCGUCAAGGCGUACGGCCAGGAGCUGCAGCAGCUGCAGUCCGAGGUGGAGGGCAUGGAGCAGCUGUUCAAGAGCAUCAGCAAGACCUUCCAGAGCCUCAUCCAGGAGCUGUCGCGCCAGGACGUGGAGGCCAUGAUGGACACGCUCAAAAGGAGAAGGGUAGAGGCGCUGGUGCGGGUGCGCGCGCAGAUCCCCACCCAGCUGCACCUGUACCACCAGGUGCUGGUGCAGCAGGAGUCCCUGGAGGCCGGCCGGCGCGAGAUCUCGGCCUGGCUCAACGAGGCCGACGUCGUCCUGGGCGAGCGGGCGCCGUCCGGCUCGCGCGAGCAAGUGCAGGCGCAGCUCGACCGCCACAAGGCAUUCUUCUCGCGGCUGCCUUACUACAAGUCGAUGCUGGACAGCAAGGUCAAGGUGCUGUUCAACAUGCUCAAGAGCGUGGAGGCGACGGCGGACGAGCACACGCAGGCGGGCGGCAGCGUGGAGCAGCUCAAGCAGGACAUGUCCGCCUUCGCCACCCGCUUCGCCAGCGUGUCGCUGCGCGCGCAGCAGCAGGAGGCUAAGCUGCAGGAGGCGCUGCGCUGCUGGCAGAACUUCCGCGAGGCGGAGCGCGUCAUCUCGGAGUGGCUGCAGAUGGCCGAGAAGCUGAUCGCCGACAAGCACAUCGACACGCGCCACACCGUGGAGACGCACAAGAACUUCUUCGAGCGCGUCAACGAGCAGUGGCUGCAGGACCUGGUCAACACGGCGCAGGACCUGCGCGCCGCGCUGCCCGCCGACAACCACCCCGCCAUCAACAGCGCCGUGGAGCAGCUGCAGGCCAAGUGGAAGGAGGUGCUCUCGUUCGCGCCGCUGCACCUGAUGCGCCUCGAGUUCCGCCUGGACGAGGCCACCUUCUCGCACUACCUGAAGGAGAUCGACAAGGAGCUGGCGGCCGAGCAGCAGGCCAUGAACCGGAACCAGGCCGUGGACGGCGCCGACGGCAUCCUGGCCAGGAACAGGGACUUCUUCGUGGAGCGGCGCACGCUGGAGGAGGCGGAGCGCUGCCUGCGGCGCCUGGCCGUGACCGCGCAGGCCUACGCCAAGCACCGGCCCGACGACCUGGCCCUGCUGGAGGCCCAGCGCCGCGCCCAGGCCCUGUGGGAGGGCGUGCUGGCCAAGGUCAACGAGUUCACGCAGACCCUCAAGAACAUCCCCGACCAGUGGACGGCCUACCGCGCCAAGUUCACGGACAUGGUGAAGUGGAUGGACGCCGUGGACCGCAGCCUGGAGAACGUUCUGAAGGACCUCCUGACCAUCGAGGAGUUCGAGUCGGAGAGGGCAGUCUUCCAGUCCAUCUGCCGCGAGGUGGACGCGCGCCGCGAGGACGUCAAGUGGCUGGUGCAGACGCUGGACGCGCUGACGGUGACGCGGGCCGACAGCGAGGCGCUGGACGAGCAGCGCCUGCUCGAGGAGCUCAUCGCGCGCUACAAGAACCUCAUCCCCAGCAUCGAGAUGACCGUCGUCCGCACCGAGCUCUACUCCAAGUGCUACGUGUACACCAAGGAGGUGAAGGAGGUGUGCGGCCUGCUACAGAAGGUCCAGGAGAGCGCGGGCGCGGCCGAGCCGCACCCGGAGACGCUGCCGGCGGUGACGGCGCUCGUGGUGCAGCAGGAGGGCGCGGUGGCGCAGCUGGACAGCCAGCGGCCCGCCGUCGUGUCCAUGUUGCAGCGCGGCAAGGACCUGGGCCGCGACGCGCACGCGCCCCGCUUCCUGCACGAGCAGGUGCAGGCCCUGGAGCAGGGCUGGAGCCAGGCGUACCAGACCACGCUGGACAAGCUGGCCCGCCUGCGCGGCACGCAGCGCGCCUGGCAGAACUACUGCGAGCAGCGCGACGCCCUCAACGGCCUGCUGCAGCGCGCCGACGCCGAGCUGCGCUCCGUGUCGCGCGGCGGCAACGCGCUGCGCGUGGCCGUGGAGCUGCGCGAGAAGCAGGCGCAGUGCAAGGCCCUGCGCGAGGCCACCGAGACCAUGCUCAAGAGGCUGCGGGACCUGUACGCGGCGCUGUGCGCCGUCACCGCGCCCGACACCAAGCCCGUGCUGCAGCGAGAGGUGCUGGACAUCGAGACGAGGCUGCAGACGACACUGGAGGCCACGCAGCAGAGGGUCCAGCACCUGGAGCAGCUGCAGGCGCGCUGGGGGCAGCUGGAGUCGCGGCUCGGUGACGUGCACACGUGGACCGUGGCCUCGGCCCCGGCGCUCCUGGCGCGCCUGCAGGCCUCGGACAUGGAGCCCGAGCAGCGCGCGAGCCACGCGCAGACCCUGCAGCAGCAGCUGGCGCAGAAGGGCACCGUGCUGGAGGAGGUGGAGGCCGAGGCCGAGCAGUUGCUGGGAGAACUGGUGGACGGCCCGGACGCGGCCGAGAUCCGCAAGCGGGUGGCCGCCAGCCGCGCCGUGGAGACGGACCUGCAGCAGUGGCAGCGCUACCAGGCCGCGCUGGCCGAGAUCAGGCCCUGGCUGGAGCAGGCCGAGGUCCGCGUGGCCUCCGGCGUCCAGGACGGCGCCGGCAAGCAGACGGCGCGCCUGGAGGGCGUCGUCGCCGAGUGGCAGGACCUGGAUAAGCGGACCGUCGCCCUGGAGAAGUGGCUCGGCCAGGGUGAGGCCAAGCUCCAGCAGGCCGUGCUCAACAUCAACACCCCGAGCACCGACAAGCUGCAGGCUCAGCUCGACCAGCUCAAGGUGUUCCAGCAAGAAGUGAGCUCGCACCAAGCCCAACUGGUGCCGCUGGCGCAGGCGAGCGAGGCCCUCAUGAGCAACCUGACCCCGGAGGGCGCCACGGCGCUCAAGGGCAGGCUGGCGGAGAGCAGGAUGCGCUUCACGCAGCUGGCCGAGGGCGUGCGCCACAAGGUCAUCUGCGUGUCGGACGCGCUGCUGUCCAGGCAGGAGUUCCAGGGCAGGCUGGCGGACUUCGGCACGUGGCUGGAGCGGCUGGCGGAGAGCUCGCAGCAGGUCAAGACCCUCACCAUGACCCCGGCCGACGCGGGCGUGCUCUUGCAGCGGACGCACGUCCUGCUGCAGGAACACGCCGAGCACCAGCCGUUGUUCACGGCCAUCUACGAGGAGGUCAAGAGGCUCUCUGAGUUCAGUUCACCCGAGGACGCUCGCGCCCUGGACGACGCCUACACCGCGCUGUCCGCCAAGUACCAGCAGAUGGAGGAGGGCCUGCAGUCGAAGCGGGUCGUGCUGGAGCGCUGGGUGGAGCUGCUGAGCUGGCACGCCGACACCAACGAGAGCCUCGCGCACGUCCGCUACCAGCUGGAGGGCCGCGCCGAGGAUGUGGAGCUGGACAAGCUGGCCGCCGAGCUGGACGCCACGACGGCCAAGGUAGCGCAGUGGAAGGAGGCGGCGGGCGCCAUCGACACGGCCAGCAAGCAGAGCGGGCUGCAGCUGGCGGCGCGCCGCGAGGCCCUGCGCACCGUGGGCGCGCACUGGGCGCACUUCCAGGAGCGGCAGCAGGCGCUCUCGGUGCAGCUCCUCGCCGCGCAGGAGGCGGUCCAGAAGGCCCAGAUGACGGCGGACCGGUGCUCGCGCCUCGACGCGGCGUCGGCCACCAUCCUGCAGCUCUACGAACAGCACCAGGGCACGCAGGCCGACCGGGAGCGCCUGCACGAGGAGGGCCUUCGCCUGAUGGCGGAAGACCAGCGGAACGCUCCCACCGUGCAGGGCAUCCUCGCGUCCUACGACGCCAACUGGGACAAGGUGAGCGAGAUGCUGCGCGAGGCCAAGAUGCGCUACUCGGACCUCAGCGGCGCCUGGAGGAAGCUGGAGGUGCCCACCGACAUCACGCAGGCCACGCUGGCACUGGACCGCGCCAAGAAGGCCCUGGACCACGUCAAGAAGGCCAAGGGUGCGCUCGACAUCAUGGACAGCAAGGCGCAGGUGCUGACCCGGCUGGUGCAGGACGUGCCCGGGUGGAGCAACGAGGAGGUGGAGCAGUCCCUGAGCCAGGCGCACCGCGAGUGGCAGGAGGCCCAGGACGCGGCCACGCGCCGCAUCCACCUGCUGGAGGCGCAGCUCGUCAUCUGGAGGCAGAUCGAGGAGGCCAAGAGCGACUUGCUGCAGUGGCUCAGCGAGACCAGCGGCGGGCUCACGCUGUCCGGGACGCUGUCGGACGCGGAGACGACCCGGCAGCGCCUGGCGCGGUACCAGGAGGAGCUGCCCAUGAAGCAGAGCCUGCAGGCGUCCAUCGAGGCCAAGCACGAGCAGCUCGUGAAGCUGAACGACGGGCGCGCCGUGCCCACCCUGGACGCGCUGACGCGCCUGCUGCGCGAGCAGUUCGCCCACGUGCGCGGCAUCGCGGACCAGCUGGACUCGGCGGCCGCGUCUCUGGAGAAGCAGGAGGCGACGGUGCGCGCCGAGAUGAAGCACGUCGGCGACAGCGUGUCGCGCGUCCGCGAGGCCGUCAUCAAGUGCGACGACCUGACGGGCGACACGCCGCGCGUGCUGGAGCGCCUCAAGACCUGCCAGGCGCUGGCCGGCGACCUGCGGACGGAGUUCCCGGCGUUCGGCGACAACACGGGCCUCGUCAAGGAGCUGGCCGGCCUGCGCAAGCGCUACGAGGGCGUGGCGGCGCACGCCGACAAGGUGCAGGCCACGCUGCGCGCCUACCUCCGCAAGUACCACGCCGACAAGCAGGCCGCCCUGCAGCGCGCGCUCGCCGCCCUCAAGGAGAAGAUCGUCUGGUGCGAGCCCGAGCCCAGCAGUGACCGCUACAACCUGGAGGUCAAGCUCACGUCGCUCGAAGAACUGACGGCGGGGCUCUCGGACUGCGAGCGAAGGCAGGCCGAGCUGGUGCAGAGUCUGGAGCAGCUCCGCGGCGUGGAGACGGCCGAGGCCGUGGCCGAGCUCACCUCGGAGCGCGACGAGGUGGCGCUGGAGGUGACGGCGCUCAAGGCGGCGCUGGCCUCCACGCGGGCCCUGCUGGAGAAGGGCGUGGCGCAGUGGCGCGAGCUGGAGACGCGCUCCGAGAGCGUGGCCGCCUGGCUCAAGGAGGCCGAGGCCAGGAUGCGGACGGAGACGGCCAGGCAGGCCGACCUGGCGCACCUCGACGAGCACAUCCAGGAGAUGGCCGCGUUCCUCAAGCAGGUGGGAGCGCAAAACGCGUCCGGGAUGUUGACAGCCUCCACCAAUGUCGGGCUGUGGCGUGACGACGGGUUGCUGUUGCAGAUCGAGGACUUCGAGCACGAGACGGAGGCCCUGACCAAGCUGGCGGAGGCCAUGGCCAAGGAGAACCCCGAGUGCCGCGCCACGUCGCACGUCGGGCUGCUGUCGGCGAGGCACACCGCCCUGCGCCGCACCAUCCGCGCGCUGGUGGACCAGCUCAAGACGCUGCGCCAGGACCAGCAGCUGUACGUGGAGGCCGUGAAGCAGGCCGAGAAGUGGCUCGCGCAGGCCGAGGCGCGGCUCAAGUCGUGCGAGGAGGUCCUGUCGGCCGGCACCAAGCCCACGGCGGCCUACCAGGGCCAGCUGCAGGCCCUCAAGGACUUCCUCGGCGAGCGCGAGCGCGGCCAGAGCGUCCGCGCCGAGCUGCGCCGCCUCCGCGACGCGGCUGAGGGGCUGCUGGACCGCGCCAACGCGCUGCAGAAGCGCGUCGAGGGCGUCAUGAUGCAGCGCGCCUCGCUGGACGAGAGCACGGCGCAGGUGGAGCAGUGGCUGACGGAGGCGGCGGACCGGCUGGGCCCCGCCACGGAGCUGUGUGCCACGCUGCCCGACAAGAAGCGCACCCUGCACGCCGUGCGAGCGCUCGCCGCCGACGCCGCCAGCCACGGCGCCAUCCUACGCACGCUGCAGGACAAGACGGCCGGGCUGCAGGACGCGGACGCCUCGGCGCGCCUCAACAAGAUCCUCGGCCAGUACCGAGACCUGAGCACAACCGCCGAGCAGCGCGUCACCGUCGCCGAGAAGCACGUCGUCAACCAUGAGGCCUACUUGCAGGAGCUGGAGGAGCUGCGCGCGCGACUCGCCUCGGUGCAGCUGCAGCUGCAGGACUCGCAGACCAGGCUCACGCAGCUGUGCUCCAGGUGGACCGAGUUCGAGAAGGAGGUGGACGACCUGGCGGAGUGGGUCAAGGCCAAGGAGGCGGCCGCCAAGGACCAGAGCCUGCGCAGCUCGCGCGACGCCAAGCAGGCCUACCUGGACAAGCUGCGCGCGCUGGAGGCGGAGAUCCUGGACAAGGGCGCGGAGCUGAACGCCACGGCGCAGGCGGCGCAGGGCAGCGCCCUGGAGACAGAGACCGAGCUCCAGGCCAAAGUGUCGCGCCUGCUGACGCGCUACCAGGCCCUCAAGAACACCGCGCGCGAAGCGGUGCAGCGCUACGAGGGCUUCGUGCGCGAGCACGCCGCCUUCGACAGCAGCCACCUCCAGUUCAUGGCCUGGCUGCCCACCGUGCAGGCCGAGCUGGGUGAGCUCAGCGCCGUCGUCGGCGACCUGGGCGCGCUGCAGCAGCGGCAGGCCGCCAUGCGCCGCCUGCAGGACGUGCGCUCCGCCGAGGCAGCCAAGAUGGACGCGCUGGUGGAGGCGGGCGAGCGGCUGUACGCGCAUACGUCCCCCGACGGCAGGGAGGUGGUGCGGCAGCAGCUCCGGACGCUGCGCCACCAGUGGGACGGCUUCAGCGACGACCUGCAGGCCGCGGCCGCCAGGCUGGACCAGUGCCUCUCGCAGCUGUCGGACUUCCAGGCGGCGCAGGAGCAGCUCACCAAGUGGCUGCUCGACGUGGAGCGCGCCAUGUCGCAGCACACCGAGCGACGUGCAACACUGCAGGAGAAACGCGCCCAGCUCCAGAACCACAAGAUGAUGCAGCAGGAGAUCACGUCGCACCAGCAGCUGGUGGAGGCGGUGUGCGAGAAGGCGCAGCAGCUGCUGGAGCAGACGCGCGACGCGGCGCUGGGCGAGUACCUGACGACCAUCAAGACCCUGUUCGCCGACAUCGUGGCCAAGUCGCAGAGGCUGCUGGACCAGCUGGAGGAGAGCGUGCGUCGCCACGCGCAGCUGAGCGCGCAGAGCGACGAGUUCCGGGACUGGCUGGCCAAGCAGCGCAACGAGCUGGCCGCCCUGGACGACGUGAGCGGCGAGAAGGCGGACCUGACGCGCCGCCUGGCCGAGCUCAAGGCGCUGCAGGAGAGGGAGGCGGUGGGCGAGACGAAGCUGGCCGAGCUGGAGGAGGUGCUGCAGGUGGUGGCGAAGGGCACGGCGCCCAAGGGCGUGGACGCGCUCAAGCAGGCCCAGGCCGAGGCGCGCGACGCGCUGGCCGCGCACCUGCAGGUGGCUUCGGCCGUGCAGUCGCGCCUGGAGGAGGCGCUGGCCCAGUGGCAGCAGUUCGAGCAGCAGCUCGACGCGCACACCAAGUGGUUCCGCGCCACCGAGGCCGUGUUCCGGCAGCAGCAGCUGCAGUCCACGCUGCCGCAGAAGGAGGAGCAGCUCCGCGCCUUCCAGGGCCACCGCGAGGAGAUCACGGCGCGCGAGCAGGACAUGGACGCCUUCGUGGACCGGUCGCACGCGCUGCUCAACCUGAGCCGCGCGGAGCGGAUCAAACCGCUCAUCUCGCAGAUGAGCAACCGGUACCAGCUGCUGCACGUGCUGAGCAAGGAGGUGGUGAACCGGUGGCAGGGGCUGGUGGAGGACCACCGCCUGUACCGCGACCGCCUGGCGGAGACCGAGGCCUGGCUGGCGCCGCUGGAGGCGCGCCUCGCUCGCAUGGUGGAGCUCCGCGGCGGCGGGGUGCGCGGCGGCCCCGCGGACGCGGCGGCGGACGCGGCCACGGAACUGCAGGCCCUGCUGGCCGAGCACGAGCAGUCCGAGCACCGCCUGGCGGGGCUCAGCACCGUCGCCGAGCGCCUGCUGUCGGACACCGCGGCGCCGGGCCGCGAGCGCGUCCGCCAGGAGAUGCGGACGGUGCGCGAGCGCUGGGACGCCCUGGGCGAGCAGCUCAAGGAGCAGCGCAAGCGGCAGGACGCCGUGUCGCAGCAGUGGAGCCAGUUCCAGGAGGCCCUGCAGCAGACGCUGGCCUGGCUGGACGCCAUGGAGAAGCAGCUUCAGCCCGAGCAGGCCGCGCCCUGGGGCUCCAGCCCCGAGGUGCGCGCCAAGCUGCUCAAGAACAAGACGUCCCUGCAGGAGGUGCUGUCCCACAAGCGCGUCGUGGAGGCCCUGACGGAUAGGGCGGCCGCACUGGCGGGCGCGGGGGAGGCUCAGGCCGGCGAGGCGCAAGCCGCCUCGGCCGCCGCGGCCCAGCGCUACGAGCGGCUGGUGGAUGCCUGGCUGCAGAACAUCACGCAGCUCGAGGAGGCCCUGGACACGUUCACGCACUUCCAGGACCUCUUCAAGGGCCUCCAGGAGUACCUCAAGCAGCUGCAAGAGCGCCUGUCCUCGCUCACAGACUACACUGGCAACAAGGCGGCGCUGCAGUCCCGGCUCACCAAGCUGUCCGAACUGCAGGACGGCUUGUCGGAGGGGCUGGCGCGCCACGGCUCCCUGGCCGACCACGUCGGCGCCAAGGCGGCCAAGCUGCCGCCGCGCGCCAGGGAGGCCAUGGACCGCGACCUCGCCUCGCUCAGGUUCGACCUGGAGAAGUUCGGGUCGCAGCUGGAGGACGUCCGCCUCGGCGUGGAGAAGCGCCUGCAGCAGUGGGCCGAGUACGAGCGCGCCCUGGAGCGGCUGCUGGGCUGGCUGGCGGACGCCGAGGCCACGCUCAAGAACUACCAGCCGCGCGGCACGCUGGAGGAGAAGCGCGAGCAGCUGGACAAGUACGAGGCGCUCAUCGGCAGCCUGCGCCAGAACGAGGCCGAGCUCGACAAGAUCAGCGACGAGUCCUCCGAGCUGGCGCAGUCCAGCGGGGAGAGCAGGGUCACCGUCAGCCUGCAGCAGGUCACCUCGCGCUUCCAGUCCGCGCAAGCCACGGCCAAGGAGAUAGUGAAGAAGUGCAAGCAGGCCGUGCAGGACCACGCCGCCUACCUCGACAAGUACCGCCAGUGCUCCGAGUGGCUCGCCGCGGCGCAGGCCCGCUUCGACACGUGCAACGUCAGCAGCUCGGCCGGCACGCGGCCCGAGCUGGAGACGCAGACGGCGACGCUGCGCGAGCUGAUGGCGGAGCAGCCGGCCGCCGCGGCGCUGGUGAACGCCACGGUGGAGGUGGGCGAGAAGCUGUACCCCAGCACGUCGGCCGAGGGCCGCGAGGCGGUGCGCGCGCAGCUGGAGGAGCUGCAGGCGCUGUCGGAGCAGCUCUUCGACACCAUCAGCAGCGCGGAGCGGGACCUGCAGGACCGCAUCUCGCGCUGGAGCGGCCUGGAGGAGUCCUCCGACUCGCUGCGCCGCUGGCUGGUGUUCCCGGAAAGGGUGGAGGGUGGGGCCUUGAGUUGGGGGUACUCCUUCACCACAGCUAGAUAG